AUGGUCAAGAACGGCGAACUUGUGGAGGCGCAUCAGGCGCUGUCUGAGAUGUAUCAGUGGGAUAGCACCAGUUUUACAUGGCAAAAAAUCGGCGAUGUCGUUGACGCCGUUGGUUCCGGCCGAAAACAACUCUACCAAGGAAAGGAAUACGACUACGUUUUUGAUGUAGAUAUCCAGGACGGGGUUCCACCUCUUAAAUUACCCUACAACGUCGCAGACAAUCCAUAUGCUGCUGCUCAAAAAUUCUUGCAAAGCAAUGACCUGCCUUUGACAUAUAUAGACGAGGUUGUCAAAUUUAUUGAGAAAAAUACCGCGGGAGUCAAUAUUGGUACUAGUAAUGAGGAAUACGUCGACCCAUUUACAGGUGCAUCGAGGUACCGUUCUACAACGACACCGGCAGCAGCACCUACGUCUCAAUACAUAGACCCUUUCACAGGAGGAUCCCGAUAUGUUGCUUCACAAACUAGUGCAGCAUCGACCGGACAAUCCCAAUACGUCGAUCCAUUCACGGGCGCAUCGAGAUAUGUGGCGUCUCCAGCAGCAGGGUCAUCCGUAUCGUCUGCUUCGUCUGGUGACCCGUUCACCAGAGCCUCGCAAUAUUCUGGAGCUUCCCAGUCCUCACAACCCGCACCUUCUGCCCCCGUCGCCAAAAUCCUUCCUGUUCCAAAUCCUGUUACAUUCAAGCAAGCCAAUGUCAGUGCAAUGCAGUCAAAAUUAUUCCAGUUCGAUGACGCCCUAAGGCAUGAAAUCUCAACAUCGUCCCUUGCGAUGUAUCCGAACGAGACACAGACCUUUGAAGAGACUUUCCUGUAUCUGACACAGGCUACAUCAACACCACCUGUGAGACCAUCGUCGCCUCUCACGGCUACCCAUGUAGAGGCAAUCAUAUCUAUCCUGGAUCGAUGGCCUCCAUCCCAGCGAUUCCCUGUUAUUGACCUAGGCCGGUUAGUGGUGGGAUUCUGUCCUGAAGCAUUCGGAGGACAAGGAACAGGAUUGGAGCCGAAUGUGCUGAAAGAACGGUUUGCAGAGGCACUGUUCCAGGCAUCGGAAUGGGGCACAGGAUGGACACUCCCACUUCCGAAGGCGAGAGAGACGAAUAUGUUGUUGGUGUUAAGGACGCUAGCGAAUGUGUUCAAGGAGGACGACGCCAGCAAGGGAAAGGACAUGGAUAUCAGUAUGGAUGGAGGUUCCGAGGAAAGCUGGCUGGAUAAAGUUUUGGAGACACUUGGCCUGGCACCGUAUGAGAUUUUUAAUAAGACCCAGCGAGUUGCUUUUGCGACAUUCUUGUUCAAUUUAUCGUGUCAAGGUCUGAGAUCGCCUCUUGGGACCUCUACAAGGGAUCAAGCUAUUGGACUGAUUAACAGGAUCCUUGAGCAAGAAACGGCAGACUCGGAAGCGGUAUACCGAGCGCUUGUGGCGCUUGGGAAUCUGGCAUACGCGGCAAAGAACUCAGGGAAAGGGCUUUCCGCUGGGCAGACUGGGGAGAUUGCGCAGUGUCUCCAAGCGCUGCCAAGUCGGUUCCCAGACUCUCGAGUGAAGAACAUAUGUGUGGAAAUUGGGGCCUUGAUUUGA